CGCCGGUGAGGGCGUAGUCAAUAGGCGGUUGUUAUCAGGGCCCACUAUGGCUUAUCAAGCAGCCCGAUGGCUGGGUUUCUUAUCGGGCGACCCUGACCCCCAAACGAUAACAGGCCUUCAGCCGGUCAAUGUUAAGUCGUGAGCCAGAGGCUUCAGUCAGCAACAUGGACCUAAUAAGAGCCGGAUGGUUCAGCGAGGUGUCCGACUUGUGGCCUGGCCAGAGCCUCUCCUUGAAGGUGAAGGAGGUGCUGUUUCACCAACGGUCCCUGUACCAGGAUGUGCUGGUCGUCGACACGACCAAUCACGGCAAGGCCCUGAUCCUGGACGGCAUCAUCCAGUGCACCGAAUCGGAUGAGUUCUCCUAUCAGGAAAUGAUCGCCUUCCUGCCACUGGGCGCCCACCUAAAUCCCCAGAAGGUGCUCAUUGUAGGCGGUGGGGAUGGAGGGGUGGCACGCGAGGUGGCCAAACAUCCCGCCGUCGAGCAGUUCGUUCAGGUGGAGAUCGACGCCCUGGUGAUCGAGCAGAGCAAAAAGCAUCUGCCCUUCAUGGCCAAGGGGUUUGAGUCGCGCAAGCUCACUCUGGUGGUGGGCGACGGUUUCGAGUACAUGAAGAACCACCAGCGGGAGUUUGAUGUGAUCAUCACCGACUCCUCGGACCCUGUGGGGCCCGCCGUCAACCUGUUUACCGAAAGCUACUUUGGCCUGCUGAAGACGGCCCUGAAGCCGAACGGGGUGAUUUGCUCGCAAGCCGGCACGCUCUGGUCUGACCUGCCUCAUGUGAAGCAGACCAUCCGGAACUGCCAGACUCACUUCCCAUUGGUCGAGUAUGCAGUUUCGAGCGUCCCCACCUACCCCAACGGCCAAAUCGGGUACUUGGUGGCCGCGCUGGACCCCGAUCUGGAUCUCACCCACGCGCGUCACCCUCUAGAGGAGCUCGGGCUGCGCUACUACAGCCCCGAGGUGCAUCAAGCCGCCUUUGUUUUGCCCGCCCACUUCAAAAAGGAGCUCGCCAACUUGAAGUGAAAUAAAACGCCUGCUUGGAA